AAUGAUAAUAAUGAUAAUAAGGAUGGUGAUGAUGACAAUGACGACCACAACCAUGACAACGAUGAUGAUGAUGAUGAUGAUGAUGAUGAUUGGAGCUGUAAGCAAAUGUGCUCAAUAAUAGUACUAAAUGGGUUUUCCCUCUUUUGUUUUCUUAUUUUCUUAUUUCCAGAUCUUCAUGCAGCUGAAAAAUACAUAUGUGUGUCUUGCAAGGGCUUGUUCGAGCAUGCUGCAACUCUACUGAAACACGCACAGGAAGACCAUGGGAUGCAGAUCUACACAUUUCCAAAGGAUGAGAGACCGUUCUCAAGAUCCCGGUCGGUGUCUGUUGAGUCCGUCUCCCAGGCGGACUCUCUCUCACCCAAAAGCACCACAUCUAGCACCAGCAAGCAGCUUAUUCCCAAGCCAAUGGAGUGUAGUUUACCACAUAUUAUUCACCCUCCACUGGCUCCUAUACCAGUGCACAGUCCGCAUUCUCACCCUGUGGAUGGUCAUCCGCCACCGUUUCCAGUCUUAAUUCGUCCAACGGGCCCAGAUAGGCUGUAUUCACCCAGUAUGGAGAGGCUCUACCCGCAUAUGAAUCAUAUUCAUCGGAGGGAGUACCAUCACAUGCAUCCUCACGACGGCAGACUUGCAGAGUUACCACCACAUAUACCUGUCAGCAUAGCUGAUUUUCACUCUCCACAGCUGCCAUUUCCUCCUCCACCGCCACCCCUACCACCACCACACCUGCAACCGCAACAUCAACCACCAACAGAUUCCAGUGCUGCAAACCGCUUGAAGCUGUUGGCCAACAAAAGCCCACCGCUAUCACCACACAGGCGUCUGCCCUACCCAGGCUAUCCAACCCGCAGGUAUCCAUCUUUCUCAGCAAAGGGCAAGUCGUGUGAAUUCUGCGGGAAGACGUUCAAGUUCCAGAGCAACCUGGUGGUUCAUCGCAGAUCUCAUACUGGUGAGAAACCCUUUAAGUGUCAUCUGUGUGACCAUGCUUGCAGCCAAGCCAGCAAGCUAAAGCGACACAUGAAGACACAUAUGAAUAAACCACCAUCAGCGAUGGGAUCUGCUCCAGACAUGGAUGAUAAGGAUGAAAACAGCAAUGAGGAUGAAGGGCAGGAUGGCUCAAUCGGCAUGGGUGAGGGGAAGAAUAUGAGUGAUAGCUCCUCCCCAGAAGAAGAAGAGAUGGAGGAGGAAGAGGAGGAGGAAGAGGAGGAGGAGGAGGAGGAGAAAGAAGAAGAGGAAGAAGAGGAGGAAGAGCCUGAUGUGGCAGAUAUGGUUGAUAUAAAGCUCAAGCAACCUAGGAAAGAGGAGCAGGAAGAGAUCACUGUGAAAUCUGAGGGGGAGGCCAAAUCUUCAGAACAAGAACGAGAGUUUGAAGAAGAGAAGUCCAAGGAUAGGAGGCCAGCUAGUGCUGAUGGUGAACGUCACAAGAACAUGAGCAGAGGUAGUCCGAAAGAUCACUCCCAUCAUCCUUCUUCAUUGUUAUGUGAGAUGAUGGUCAAUUCUGGAUUAGAUGAAAUUCAGCAAUACAGCGAAGCUUUCAAGCAAGCCAUAGCAGAACGGAAUGUAAUCUUUAAUCCUCGAUCAUCAAGUGAUGUGUCUUCACCCGAGAACCACCAUCCACGUAAUUCUAACAGCAGGCCUCCAUCUAGACCACAUGAUCACCACAGUCCCAUUGAAUUGGGUUUGAUGGCAAUGCGACGAGCAGAGCAUACCCUCCUACAAGCCAACCAUCAUUUACCAUCACAUGUUAUGGUAGAGCGUAGCGCAAUGUCCGACUUGGAACUGGUGACCAAUCGCAUCAAAAUGGAGCCAGCACCAUCAUGGCCACCUUCACCUUUAGCAAUACACAGAGAACCACUCAUGUCAUCACCCGUCCGCUCUGACGCCAGCCCUCUUGGAACACCGAACGGCGGUCCAGCUGCUUUCUUUGCUCAGCGCCGCUUUAUGGAAUCCAACGGGGCGAUGUCGUCCCACGCCAUACUGCCGUACACCAGUCCUCCCAACAGGAUGAAGCCGCACAGAGCCUCGGAGAAACGAAGCGACACCUGCGAGUACUGUGGCAAGCAGUUCAAGAAUUGCAGCAACUUAACCGUUCACCGUCGCUCGCACACUGGAGAGAAGCCCUACAAGUGUCAGCUGUGUUCCUAUGCUUGCGCCCAGAGUAGCAAGCUUACACGCCACAUGAAGACCCAUGGCCAUGGUGCCAAAGAAGUCUUCAAGUGUGAGGUCUGCAACAUGCCCUUUUCCGUCUACAGCACUCUAGAAAAGCACAUGAAGAAAGAGCAUUGGGGGGCCAUCAAGGGGUUGGCACCUCGCGGCGGUGAUGCAGUGGGUUCAAGGAUGUACAGCUACAAGGCCAGUCUAUCGGGAUUGUCCAAGUGACAUGGGGUCGUCACUCUAAAAGAACAACCUCAAACCUACAAGACUUGCCUGUCUUGAAUGAGAACAGCCACUCAAGGCUGGUUCUUCCUUGCAGCUGAUUCCCGUCGUAUUCGCUCCAUGGAGUGAACAUGUCUGUCUAGUUUGAAAUGUAAAUGUCCCAGAACCUCCGAUUUGCAGUAGCGUCUUAGCAACUUGGAUAGUGGUGAUCAAAUUGUCACUCUAAUUCCCACAUUACAACUCUAUAGCCAGCCAUGUACUGUCUUCAUUACAAAACAGGCAAGUCGUUUUUUUAGCAAGCUUACAUUUGCAACGUAUUACUGCUCAAUGCUAUCUCUGUUAAAACCCUUUGCUAUCAAAUAUGAAAUAUUUGCAAUUAAGGGCCGUCAACAUAGCUACAAAGUGAUAUUUGUAGGAAAAACCGUAGUACAAGCUAGACAUUUUUUACUGGGGAAGCUGAGUCUGAAAUAGAAGAGCAGUUGAUAUCAAAAUGCAUAUUUCUUCUCCUUGUAAGUUCUCUACUUGGUGCGCUCUUCAUGUGCUUUUACAUGAAGUGAUGGACCUUUCUUCUCUUCAUCGAAUGAAAAAGAACUAGUAAUAUCCAUUCCAAUUCUAUCUGGUGUAGGGUUUUAUGUAUAAAGUAGUGUAGGUAAAGACCUUUUUCUCCUGGUUGUGCACACUCCGAGUGAGCUUUUCGCAAUGCAGGACUGAGGAUCCCAAAUCUUCAAGUGGAACUGUGUGAUGUUUACGUUGUUGGCUGCAAAUUAUAAUGAAUUAUUGUCUAAAAAAUAUGUCAUUCAUUGCCAAACUAUGAAAUAUUAGAAAUAUGAAUUAAAGUGAAUAUUUACAGAGUGACAUCUCUCUGAUAAUGUCUCUGAAUUAUCAUGCUGCACUGAGCUAUCCAAAGCACUAUAUAAAUAGAUUAUUACAGCCUUACAAGAUGAAACAAGCAAGAGUGAUCAUGCUGCUAAAGAAACUAUCCAGCUGCAAAUAAUAUAUAUAGAGAUAUUUAUAAUCUGAUUCUUAAGAAAUAUCACAGUGGGAAAGAUAGUUUAUUAUUCAUGUAUCAAUUCCAUAAUUAAUGGACUAAAAUUCUAACCUAAGGGAACAUAGACAUUGUUUGACCCGCUCACAAUAGUUCAAGAUUAUUUAACAGUGGGCAAGCGAGGUUGAUAUAAAAUUAAUUUUAAUUUUGAUAUAUCCAUUUACACACUGUUGAAAUCAUAUUAACAGUUUCAAUAUCAUAAUGCGACAGUGAAAUAUGAAGAAGAAAAAACAUUUUCCUUGGUAAAACAACAGUUCAGGAUUAAACAUUAUUGCAGACAAGUUUCUAUGAACAUGUCCAUCAACAUUUUAUGGUCACACUCCACAAUACUAAAAAUGGAAAUUAAUAAUGUGUUUUAUGGGCUGUUCAUGUAAUACUUUCUGGUAUUGCUCAAUGUAAAAUAUUUACAUUGGUCACUCUCAAUCUUAUACAAAAAUAAAAUAAAAUACAGUUUUCCAGUUUUCAAUAGUUCAUGUGAUUAAUCUGAUAAUAAUUACGAUAAUAAAUGCUUGAUAUUUUGGUCAUAUUGUGUUGGAUACAACACAGAUGGUUUAAGUAGCUACUACUAUUUGAUGUUCCCUGUAUGAAAUACAAUCAGGCUAACUGUAAAAAACAAUGCUUCUUAUUGUAUGCUUCAAAUAAGCCUUCAAAGCAAAACUGUGCAGAAUAAAUAUAAAUAAUAGUACCAAUGAUAUUAUCUUUAACAUGACUGAAAUAAACUAAAUUGUGCCUAAAAUUUAAUGUGGAGCAUCUCAUUGUAUUUGCCCAAAUGAAUAAAAUUCAGUGACCAAUUCUUCAAGGUAGAUGUAUCCAAGUGCCAAAGAAGAAUAUGAUACGUUCGAGUUUUGACAAGGUAAAUUGUUCUUUUCUGGAAAGACCUACAGAGUAAAAGAUUGUUUGUAAUAACGUAAUAAUAAGAAAUAUCUGGAAUAAUUUGAAUAUUGAAUAUUGAAGAACAGUGUAGUGAGAUAUAGGAUUGCCACUGGGAAAAUAGAACAUAGAAAUUUAAAGGCCGACUAUUCAUUGUUGGAUGGGUAUUUUACUGGUUAGGUUUGCAUGCUCUUCAAGAGUACAAGUAUGAAAAUGAGUGUUAUUACAGAUUAAUUGUUCAUUGAGAUUUGACAGCUGCCUACGAUGCUACAAUGGAAUACAUGAAGUAGCUGGUCUUGCUACCAGACAGGAUUCAGUUGUGGAAUAUUUUUUGAGCCGGAUUUCUUUUUUCCAUCAUUGGGGAUGAGGGCUCGAGAUAUGUCGACAAUUGGUUGUAAAGUCACGCUCUACAAGCUGGAUACUGCACAAAAGGGAGGAAAACUGUGUAGUCCAGCAAGGAAAACUUAGGAUUUGUGAACUUUUCUGAUAAUUAUGGAGAGACCGUGAAGAAAAAGCACUGCCACCAUACAGAUCCAGAACUAUGAAAUGAAACUGUAAAAUGAACUAUGCUAAGUUAAGUAUUACUCUCUGGUGGUCCGUAGAGGUAACAAACGGAUGUAUAGUGUGUGAAAACAGCCGUUAUAAAAAAAAAGGUGUUUGUUUGUUUGCGGCUUGCUUAGGAAAUGUUGCUAUUCAAGAUGAAGAGGAUGUAGUGCAGAAUUCUGAAAUCAUUUACAUUAAGAAAAAAUGUGUUUGAAAAACACAUGUUUUUUAAUUUUAUUUUCUCAUCAGUUAUUAUUGUAUUUCCCUUUUUUUUUCUUUGAUACUAUUGUGUGUUUGUAAAAGAUGAGAACUUGUGUCAAUCCUUCUCUGAAAUGUAUGUUGUUUUCUAAUGGUAUGAAGUAAAAAGAGCUUUGUACAUGUGGGAUUUUUGCAGAGCAAAAAGUUAGGGUGAACGGUUGGUACUCUACUUAUGCUGCUUGAAAUCCUAAAUUUGAAAGACCAUCACGUCUGAGAGAUUUAAAACUUGUGCAAUAUUUCUAUUUCAUUACUUUUUUAUUAUCAUUUUAGUGCUGACAUAAGUCAAUUGUUUUAAUGUGAUUUGCUUCGUAGGGGGUGGUCAGCAUUUUAUUGUGAGGUUUUAAUUACUUUUAGUACAUGUAAUUAUGAUGCUGUGUGAAAUUAGUUUUAGCUGAUAUGAAUCAGGUAGAACCAUACAAACCCUGAUACAGCAUAGUUUCCCUUGUUAUCAGUAGGAUAUAUAGGUAAUACACUAGAGUAAGCUUUACACCAAUUCAAUGAACAAACUUUACAAUGACAUUGUUGAAGAAGAUGAAAUGCUAAAUGAGAA